CCCAGAGCUUUCUCAGACCUGAAGCGUCUGCAACACUUUGCAAGGACACAGUGGAGGGGGCACGUCAGCGCUCCGACUUCCUCCUGACGCCGCCUCUGAUUGGCUCCUGGACAUGUAAGAAACCGGUGAAUGAGCUGCUGGCCCUUGCAGAAACUUGCUUGAGGUCUUUGGUGGCAUUAUCCUUUCCUCCUCGUCAACCCGGCAGGCCAGCCGAUCCGGGGGAGGAUGAGGUCGUCGUGUGUCCUGCUUACCGCCCUGGUGGCGCUGGCCGCCUAUUACAUCUACAUCCCCCUGCCAAGCUCCGUGUCCGACCCCUGGAAGCUGAUGCUGCUGGACGCCACUUUCCGGAGCGCACAGCAAGUGAGUAACCUGAUACACUACUUGGGCCUCAGCCAUCAUCUGCUCGUGCUGAACUUCAUCAUCAUUUCUUUUGGCAAGAAAAGUGCAUGGUCGUCUGCUCAGGUGAAAGUAACAGACACUGACUUUGACGGUGUGGAAGUCAGAGUGUUUGAAGGCUCUGCAAAGCCAGAAGAGCCGCUGAAACGCAGCGUUGUUUACAUUCACGGAGGAGGCUGGGCCUUGGCAAGUGCAAAAAUCAGGUAUUAUGAUGAACUGUGUAAAGCAAUGGCUGAGGAAUUGAAUGCUGUCAUUGUCUCCAUUGAAUACAGACUAGUUCCAAAGGUUUAUUUUCCUGAGCAAAUUCAUGAUGUUAUACGUGCCACAAAGUACUUCCUGCAGCCAGAAGUCUUACACAAGUAUUCAGUUGACCCAGGCAGAAUCGGCGUUUCUGGUGACAGUGCUGGUGGGAAUUUGGCGGCUGCCCUGGGCCAACAGUUUAAUCAAGAUGCCAACCUAAAAAACAAGCUCAAAGUGCAAGCUUUAAUUUAUCCAGUUCUUCAAGCUUUAGAUUUUAACACACCCUCUUAUCAGCAAAAUGUGAACACCCCCAUCCUGCCCCGUUAUGUCAUGGUGAAGUACUGGGUGGACUACUUCCACGGCAACUAUGACUUUGUCCAGGCAAUGAUAGUUAACAAUCACACUUCACUUGAUGUGGAAGAGGCUGCUGCCCUCAGGGCCCAUCUAAACUGGACAUCCCUCUUGCCCGCAUCCAUCACAAAGAACUACAAGCCUGUCAUGCAGACCACCGGCAACACCAGGAUCGUCCAGGAGAUCCCUCAGCUGCUGGAUGCCCGCUCAGCCCCACUCAUCGCAGACCAGAAAGUCCUGCGGCACCUCCCAAAGACCUAUAUUCUAACCUGUGAGCACGACAUCCUAAGAGACGAUGGAAUCAUGUAUGCAAAGCGUUUGGAGAGUGCAGGUGUGGAGGUGACCCUUGAUCACUUUGAGGAUGGCUUCCAUGGAUGCAUGAUUUUCACCAGCUGGCCUACCAACUUCUCAGUGGGAAUUCGGACUAGGAAUAGUUACAUCAAGUGGCUGGAUCAAAACCUGUAAAGGCGUGAAAUUUCUAAAAGGCUUGAGCCCCUCUUGAUUUCCUGCACCUGCUCUGGAAAGACAUUCACUCUUUAGGUGACUAAUUUCCCCUCGUUACUUGAGUUAUGGAAUCUCUAUUCCCUGCAGACUUUAUGUUAAUUUAAUUUUAAAAAAUGCUUUUGAGUAACAUAAGUGCAAAAACAUCUGAAUCUGGUUCUCUAAGUGAGCCAGUCUCUCUGUUCUUGUUUUAACCAAAUUUCUACUAACACCCACAGCUGCAGAAAGCAGGGCUAGGAGCUGGAAAUAGCUUUGGGUCUUGCCUCCGUCAAGAAGUUCUUUGUGAAGAAAUUCUACCAGCUGCGGAUGACUUUUAAUGAGUAAAAAGAAAAUGUGGGCUCUUCAACUUGCUAGAGUUUACUUUGAAUUAAGAACAGUGUUAAAUGUGUUCACUUCAAGGUCAGUGCUGGCUACCAAGUGCCCUCUGUUCUUUAUGGAUGGAUGGCUUUGUUUCCUGUGGGAAUUUUGGCAGAGCUGUUCUAGCAAGGACAAGUUUCUCAAAUGACUUUCCUCCUUUAGAGUGUUAAUUUUAUGUGAUAGCUGUCUCUAAGUCCAGUUGGAUUAUGAUAAUACUUGAAAGUUACUUUCUACCACUAUUAUUAGAAAAUAUGAGGUUGCAUGCACUGGAUACCUGUACAUCAUUAAGUUUUUUGGUUAUGCUUCUCCCUGGUGGAGAUCUUUUGGGAGCGGAUUAAUUUAGAUUUAGAAUAAAUUUUCCUUUACAGAACAAGUAAAAACAGACAAAUGAACCAACCUAUUGUUUUCAUAAUGAAUACUUCUCACAUAAAUUACCAAGAGUGGUGUGUAUAUAUUUGGCAUAGUCAGAAAAGAAGAUACAUUUAAUAUUAAAAUUAUGAAAAAUACCUUUAGAGGGUCUAGUUUAUUCUUGAAAACUCAACUUUUUCACUUACAUGGCUUUAAAAUGGGGCUAUUUUGGUAUAUAUAAUGUACUGUAUUGUUUAUUUUUUUAAGUUAUUUAAUGUUAAUAUAUAUAGCUAGACAAGAUUUUUCAGAAUAAAGUCAGUAAUGAAUAUUAAAAAUAAUGAUUUUUUAAAAAAACUACCUUAGGGUUUAAAAAAACAACUUUAGAAUUAUAUCCACAUGUAAUUUUAUGGAAAGAGGUAAAAUACCUAUUAAUAUUACUAUAUAUAAGGCCUAAAUAUUUUGAUGUUUAUAUGCAUAUACAAAUCACAAUAAUUAGAAACUAUGACUACACCUAGUAAAGUCAUCUAAGUUUAUAGUUCAAUAGCUUAGACAAGACACACAUUGGUCAUUUCUGCUCUCUGUGGUCGGAGGAAAUACUUCCUACUCUUCUGGGUGACACCCUUCAUUAUCGCCUUCCAAGUAGGUCUAAAGUUACAAUAGACCAGGCUUAAUUUCAUGUGAAGCCUUCACUGCCUGUGGGACAUCUUUGGCAUAGAAGGAAACUCCAAUUCUGAUUUGACUUGUGUACCUUCGCCCUCCUUCCUGCCACUCUUCGUACUGCUGCAAUCUGUGCUACUUUCAGGGACUGCAGAGAGCAACUACACAGCCAAGUCAUGAUACAAUAAAUUUAUCAGUGGAAGGAAAGUAGAGCCUUUUCACUCAUUUGAAAGAUGGGUAUUUCCUACUUAUGAGGAUGAAAUAACAAAUGAAUAUAUAUGUGAAAGUGACUUGCACUAUAUCCCACUUCAGACCUUUCUUGAAGGUCUUCCUUGAAAUUUUCCUUGGUAUAAUAAUUGGGAAUCAUGAUACACAAAAACCACUAGAUACAAGAGAGGCUAAACCAACCAAAAAUCUGAGUGCUAAGAAUUCCUUUGGGAAGCAUACAGAGUUUAUAUUGAAGAUAUUUUGGCUUGGAAUCAGUUUAUUUUGUUUUAAUUUUUGUUCUUAUAAAAAAUGUUUAUGCUCUGCAGAUUGAUUUUUUUUAAGUGUUAUGGCUUUGUUUUGUUUUCCUAUUUUAAGAAAAAAAGGAUAGUCUUUUUACAAUAUUGUUGUUGUUUGUGAAAUGUGACCAUAAAUAUAUGAAGAAAAAAUCUUGAAGUGCUACAAAAUAUAGUGAAGUGUAAAUUAGUUACUGUUUUAUCAUUGAUUUGUGAGGAAGUUAAGACUGUUGCAUAUCUUGGUGGAUAUAAUAUUUUAUGCAUGACCUUUUAACCUUUGACUUUUUGCUUAUUUCUCACUGCAAAGGGCAAGGCAGAUUUUAUGAAGGAUUUUGGUAGCCAGUCAAUUUUGUAAGAUGAAAAUCCACUGUGGAGGUAGGAAAGUAUAAAUCUGUUUCGAUUCAUGUUUGUAAAUAAAAUGUCUCCAUCUGGAAA